ACAGGAAAUGUGGUGCCUAGAAAGAUGACAAAGUCAUGCAGCAGAGAUCAACUGUCGACACAUUUAUUUUUCAUGCAGAUUACCUCAGAUAGAUAGUAUCAGUGUUUGUCCAAUACUUCCUCAUGCACCAUCUAUCAUUGCACAAUUACUUGUACCUGAUCAAGUGAAGGUUACACUCGACAAAGCAUCAUUCUUUGUGACCUUGCACAUCAAGACAGGAGGGAUAAAGCUCCAACCUUUGACUCUUAUUGUUUUGACUUAUUGGUUCUGAGUGAUCAAGAAGAAGGGGAAGACCAGAUGGAGGGAUUAGAUCUGAAUUACUUUUAUUCCCUUCUCAACUACACAUACCCGGACUAUUAUGAUAAUGAAACAUCCGCCCCCUGCAAUGAAACUGUGCCUGGAUUCAACAGCUUGGGCUUGACCAUCACCUACAUCAUCGUGUUUGUCCUCAGCUUUGUGGGCAAUGGUGUUGUAGUGUAUGUGGUUUGCUUUAUGAAAAAAGGUAGAGCAAGUACAGAUACCUACUUGAUGCAUCUGGCGAUUGCAGAUCUUCUCUUCACUCUGACCCUCCCGUUCUGGGCCGUUGAUGCUUAUUACGGCUGGAUCUUUGGCACUUUCCCAUGCAAACUCCUGUCAGGCUUUCAGGAGGCCUCUGUGUACAGUGGUGUCUUCCUGUUGGCAUGCAUCAGCGUUGACCGCCACUUUGCCAUUGUGAGAGCAACACGUGCAAUGUCCUCCUAUAGGACGCUGGUGAAGGUGGUUUGCUGCAUAGUGUGGUCCGUGGCUGGAUUGCUGUCCCUACCUGUGGCAAUACAUCGGGAGAGCUUGCAUGCUGCAGAUUAUGGCCGGUACAUUUGCUAUGAAAACCUAACAGGAGAGAGCAGUGAUCAGUGGCGUGUUGGCGUUCGCAUUGUGCGCCAUACAGUGGGAUUUUUCCUGCCACUAUUGGUGAUGGCCUUCUGCUACGGCUGGACUGUUCUGACAUUGUGCCGCGCCCAAAAUCAACAAAAGCACAAGGCCAUGCGUGUCAUCCUGGCAGUGGUGGUAGCAUUCGUCCUAUGCUGGCUGCCUUACAACAUCACCAUACUGAUCGACACACUCAUGAAAGGCGGAUCCCUGAAAGUGGAGUCGUGUGAAACUCGCUACAGAGUGGUGGCCAUUUUCAGUGUAACCCAAGUGUUGGCCUUCAUGCACUGUGCAGUGAAUCCAGUGCUGUACGCCUUCAUCGGGGAGAAGUUCCGUAACGAGCUGCUCUCUGCUCUCUACAAACACGGACUCAUCAGCAAGAGGCUCCAGAUGGCUUACCGGACGGGUUCUGUCAACAGUGCAGGAAGCAUCAGAUCAAGACUCACCUCUGCUUCGACCAACUAAGAUGAAGUUUCUGCUCAUACGCUCACAUUGAGGUUAUUUUCAUUUUCCCCCUAAAACCUUAAACUGGUUAAAUGACAAAAGUAUGAAAGAAUAUUUCAGACCCAACAAGGGGUUGAAUGUGUAAUGCAUAUUUCAUAUUUUAAGAAGAAACUAAACAAAAGCAAAGCAAAACGGAGGUUCAAUGAGAGAUCAUUUAUCAUUCAUUUGGUCAAAAGGUAGCAGAAUCCACGGAUGUUAAAAGACUUUAACAGUUUAUGUUCCCCCUUAAUUCAUGGCAGGAGACAGUUUCAUACUAGCUGUUUUCAGUCUUUAUGCUAAGUUAAGCUAAUUAACAGUGCUUUCACACAUGCUCAAAACAACAGAGCAUGGAAACGGCUCUGGAAAAAAAAAUCAAGAUGUAAUAUUUUCUAAGUUAUUCUGAGAUUAAAGUCAAAAUUCUGAGAAAAAAACCAGAAUUUUGACUUUAAUCUCAGAACUAAAAAAAGAUAUAUUGCACCUUAAUUUGUUUUCCCAGCGGCCCCUCAUCCUCUUCUGUACAAAACUCCCCUAAACAGCCUGCAGUUCUCCAGGUGGGCUACACGUGUGAACAAACAGCACAAAUUUGAACCCUGACUGUCCCUGGACUUCUGCCUGCCAGCCCCCUGGUAAACCCCUGGUAAUAUUCCUGUGUACUCAAGGUGAUCCAUUGUGAGAACACAACAGGUUAAUUCAUAUUCAUGUCAUGAAUCAUCACUCUUUUACCAAAAAGAAAUGCUACCAUAGCUUGAAUCAAUAGCAGAGACUGUCAGUUUGAGCAUGUUUUAGGGCUCUGUUAUGAAAGCUUUAUUCACAAUUUUAGGAGAAGUGACAUGGCACUGUGGACAUGAGGGGGAAGCAUCUCAUUAUUUUGCAACAUCUACCUUUAAAUAUGAUGAAAUUGCGUUUUGACUAGAGGAAGUUUUUUGUCCUGAGAUCACACGAUAGUGAAAACACAGACCAUUGACGCAAAGAGAUUAUCGACACAGGAAGAAGUGAUGAAAUCUGCUCUCUGUUUUAAAAAAAAAAAAACAGGUCCUUUUUAAUCAAUAACACCUGCAGGAUCUGAACAAACUGCUCGACUUGACUUUUUGAUGCAAAAAUACCUUUUGUCAUGAAUACAUAAAUCAUUCUUCUUUUUAAGUUAUGCUUAAAAAUAUACGUCCACAAAUACAGUACAGUGUGUGUGCAUACCUUUGUGGGUGGUUAAUGUAAAAAGAAGAUGUAUCUUCAUGAGAAAAUUUGCAGCAGCAAUGGUUGCAACACACUGAUGGGAGGUUUCCACAUGGUUUGAUGUAAAUUCUAUAGAAAAAAAAUGAAGGGUUAUUUCUAUUGCUCAAAGUUAUUUCAUAUGUUUCUGCAAGUGCUAAUGCAAGUUAUAAGAUUUCAAAGUUUUUAGGGGGCUUUUGUCUUGAUUUGAUCGGACACUUAAAGAGAGAUAGUCUCAUUCAUCAAUAUCAGGCGUUUUUUGACCAGAGGGACUUUACCCUGGAACUAGGGACUUUACCCCUGAACUACGUGCGUUUCGACCGGUGGACCCAAGGUCUAAAUUUAGUUCAGGGGUAGAUAAUCUCCCCCCUAAAAAGCUCCUGCUAGGGGGGGUAGUACUUUUCAAAGGUCCCAGGGCUUUCUUGGGGCAGGGCCUGCAAUGCUGAACAUGUGUGAUUGGUAGAUUAACCACAGUGUUUUUAUUCCUCCCUCCGUCCACAAUAACAUCACACACAUCUGUGAUUCACUUGAUUUCUCUUUCUUUCAUUAGUUUUGAUUUGUUCUAUCUUUUUUGUAUGUGUGUGUACUUUUCAAAAGAAGAAGCUGUGAUUCUCUUGAUUUAGCAGCUUGUAACAGUAGUCUUCUCUCAGCCCACCGUGAAUGCGUCUCUCCCGGUGUUACGGUUUUAAAAGUGACCCUGUAAAUUGGAGACCUUCAGCUGAACGUGUCAGUGUUUGUGGAGUUUACACAGCUGUUGAAACACAGAGGGAGUUCCUGGGAAUGCAAACUAGUUUAGUUUUUAUUAAGAUUUCAAAAUAUCCUCAUCAGAUAUUUAAUGAUGGUCUAAAGACGUUUAUGAGGGAUGCAUCCGGCUGAAAGUCUCCAGUUAACAGGGUCGCUGUUUAAACCAAAACACCGACCGAUCUCUGCCACGGCUUUUUGAGUUAAAAGGAUUUUAAAGCCGUGUUGAAACGUCUUUGCUACUCUUCUCACGUGUUGAUUCAGAUGUUUCAAAUGUUGAUGCAUUUUUGUGUACAGCCAGAUAGCUCAGCUGAAAUGAGGAUAAUGUCAUGAAACAAGGGUUAAAACCUCCUCUUAUUUUUAUUUUUGUUUUUAUUUUUAUUGCUCUCUUCUUCUUGUACACAUGUUCGGCACUUACACUUGUUUUUUUCGACCGUCAGCAAAUGGCUUUUGUUGUUCAAAAACUUUCAAGGCAUGUGAACAUGUAGCUUUUACUCAGCUUAAAAUAAAACCCCAAACUCUGAA